AUGAGCGGUCCCAAGGCUGUCGCUGAGAAUAUGCUCUGGGGAGGUCGAUUUACCCAGGGCCUCGACCCCCUCAUGGUUCAAUACAACCAGUCUCUGCCCUAUGACCGCAUUUUCUGGAAGCAAGACAUUGCCGGAUCAAUUGCCUUUGCUCGGGCCAAUGUUAAGACCGGUAUCCUUACUGAGCAUGAGUUCUCCGAGAUCGAGCGCGGCUUCAAGCAGAUCGCCGAGGAAUGGAGCUCCAAUACAUUCGUCGUUAAGGAGAACGACGAGGACAUUCAUACCGCUAAUGAGCGUCGACUAUCGGAAAUCGUUGGCAAGGAGAUUGGAGGCAAGCUGCACACUGGUCGGUCCCGUAACGAACAAGUUGCGACUGACAUGCGUCUGUGGCUGAGGGACGAGCUCCGCAGGCUGGACAGCAUCUUGUGCGACCUCAUCAAGGUCUCGAUAUCUCGUGCAGAGAGCGAGCUUGACUACCUCAUGCCUGGUUACACCCAUUUGCAGAAGGCUCAGCCCGUCCGAUGGAGUCACUGGGUCCUGUCUCAUGCCACGGCUUUCGCUAGCGAGCUCCAACGUUUGCGUGAAGUCACCAAGCGUGUCAACCGCAGCCCCCUUGGCACCGGUGCCCUGGCAGGAAACCCAUUCAACAUUGACCGUGAGGCAAUGGCCAAGGAGCUGGGCUUCGAUGGUCUGUUGUACAACUCGAUGAACACGGUCGCCGACCGUGACUUUGCCAUGGAGACUAUGCAGUGGGGUAGCUCAUUUAUGCUCAAGAUCUCUCGCUGGGCCGAGGAUCUGAUCAUCUAUAGCAGCUUGGAAUUUGGAUUUGUCCGUUUGUCCGACGCUUAUUCAACUGGUUCUUCGUUGAUGCCUCAGAAGAAAAACGCAGACAGCCUGGAGCUUCUGCGUGGAAAGGCCGGUCGAGCCUUUGGCCAAAUGGCCGGUCUGAUGGUUACUAUCAAGGGCCUUCCGACCACCUACAACAAAGACCUACAGGAGAGCAUCGAACCUCUCCUUGAUCACAUCAAGACUGUUAGCGACAGCAUCCAGAUCGCAACCGGUGUGCUCUCGACCCUCACCGUCAUUCCCGAAAAGAUGACCGCCGCUUUGGCGCCUGAAAUGCUCGCCACUGAAAUUGCCGACUACCUGGUUCGCAAGGGUGUUCCUUUCCGUGAGGGUCAUCACAUCUCUGGUCGCGUUGUUGCCCUAGCGGAACAGACCAACAUCCCCAUGGAUACGCUCUCCCUCGAGCAUCUGAAGACCGUCGAUGUACGAUUUGACGAAGAUGUGCGCACUUGUCUGGACUACGAGCGUGCAGUUGAACUGAAGGAUGCUAUCGGCGGCACCAGUCGGCGGGCUGUCUUGGAGCAGACUUCUGUCCUUAGGAGUCUGCUGUGA